CUCACCUUCUGAAAGCAGAACGCUUUCUCUCCAAAGAGACUCAAACACGCAGCAGGGCUCCGUUGUGAAUCCUCGCCUCUGACAGGAAUGUUGUGAAACCGGUCCUCCACACCCUCCUCCCUCUUCAGACAACAUUUGAUAAGCAAAUUCUGUUUUACUUUUACAUUCACUGUGAAGCGAAAUGGCACUGCAGCUAGACCCGGAGAGCCUGGGCUGUUCGGUGUGUCUGGACCUGCUGAAGGAUCCUGUCACUCUCCCCUGUGGGCACAGCUACUGCAUGAGCUGUGUGGGACGCCGCUGGGACGAGGAGGACCCACACCACAUGUGCAGCUGCCCUCUGUGCAAACAGACGUUCACACCGAGGCCUGCUGUGGUGACAAACGUCAUGUUGGCUGAUUUAGUGGAAGAGCUGAAGAAGAAGAAGAAACUUCAGGAAGCUCCAGCCGACUCGGUCAAACCGGGAGAGAUCGUCUGUGAUGUCUGCGCGGCGAGGGCGAGGAAAGCCUUCAAGUCAUGUCUGGUGUGUCGAGUUUCUUACUGUGAGCUCCACCUCCAGCCUCACUUUCAAUCCCCUGCUUUUGAGAAACACAAGCUGGUUGAACCCUCCAGAAACCUGCAGGAGAGGUUCUGCUCUCGUCAUGAUGAGGUGAUGAAGAUCUUCUGCCGCACCGAUCAGCAGGCGAUUUGUUUUUUCUGCUCCUUGGACGAACACAAAGACCACGACACGGUCUCAGCUGCAGCACAUCGGAAAGACAAGUCCAGGGAGCUCGAGCUGUACCUUCAAAAUAUCCGACAAAGAAUCCAGGACAGAGAGAAAGAUGUGAAACUGCUCCAACAGGAAGAAGAGGCCAUCAGUCGCUCUGCAGAUCGAGCAGUGAGAGACAGUGAGGAGAGUUUCUCUGGGUUUGUCUGUCUCAUUGACAGAAGAAUAUCUGACGUGAAAGAGCGAAUCAGAUCUCAGCAGGAAGAGGAAAUCAGUCGAGUCAAAGAGCUGGAGGAGAAGCUGCAGUUAGAGCUCUCUGAACUGAAGCUGAAGGACGCUGAGCUCCAGCAGCUCUUACACUCCGAUGACCACAUCCAGCUUCUUCUUGAUUCCUCUUUGCUGUCGCUCGUCACUGAAUCUACAUCGGUGCUCAGCGUGUGUGUUAAACCUCUGCGACACUUUGAAGAUGUGACAGCAGCUGUUUCAAACACCCGGGAUAAACUACAGGACGUUCUCCAUGAGGAGUGGCCGACCGUCUUACGGAAAGUGAUUGAGGUGGAUGUUUUACUGCCGCGACCAGAACCCAGAAGCAGAAAGGAGUUCUUCCAGUACUCCCGUCAGAUCACUCUGGAUCCAAACACAGUCAACACAUGGCUGCAGUUAUCUGACGGGAACCGAAGAGCAACAGUAACGAGAGGAAAGCAGACAUAUUCCAGUCACCCAGAGAGAUUCACAGACUGGCUGCAGGUCCUCAGCAGAGAGGGUCUGACUGGGUGUUGUUACUGGGAGGUGGAGAGGAGCAGUGGAGUGUCGGUGGCUGUAGCAUAUAAGGACAGCAGCAGAUCAGGACAGGACAGCGGGUUUGGAAACAACGACAGGUCUUGGUCUCUGGGAUGCUUUGACUUAUCUUUUCAUUUCAGACAUAAAAAUGUGAAAACGUUACUCUCAGGUCCGGCGUCCUGCAGGAUAGGGGUGUACUUGGAUCACACGGCAGGAACCUUGUCUUUUUACAGCGUCUCUGACACCAUGACCCUGCUUCACAGAGUCCAGACCACGUUCACUCAGCCACUCCACGCUGGACUUUCAGUCUACUGGGUCGGAGACACUGCUGAGCUGUGUGAGCUGAAGUAGAGAUCGCACCGCCUCCGUUCACUGUGGACUAUCAGCUGGGAGUCCUGAGAGUCCACAUUUUAACCCUCAGGCAUCAGUUUAAUUUACUACCCUCUUAAGUCACAAGGACAAAAAUGUCCACUUCCAAAAAACUGCUAUAAAACAGAUUGAUAUUUUUUUCUACUUUUUUCUGCAUACAUCUCUUAAACAACUUCAGCCCUGCUCGUAACUACCAAACAUUCAAUAAUUUUUAGGAAUUUAACCCUUUAAAUGCCAGUUUGAUUACUUGAUGUCACUGUUGUUAUUUAAGAAAAAAACGCAAGAAUUAGUUAUUUUCCAUAUAACAAAUAUUAGGUGGCUGGGGGAUUUUUUUCAAAUCAGUCUUGGAUAUGUCAAAGAUUAUCCAAAAUAUUGACUUUGAUGCAUUGUUAGUUUUGUGUAGCAUCAGAUUUAAAAUGUAGUUCCCUGUUUGGACAUUGGAGAGCGAAAAUGUCCAAUUUACAAAAACUGCUAUAAAAAUAGAACAGAUUGAUAUUUCUUUCUACUUUUUUUGCAUAAAUCUCUUCAGCCCUGAUCAAAACUAUGAAAUAUUUUUCAGUCAUCUCAAACGCCCUUGUGGUGUCCCAUCUGGGGUCAUUUAAACUCUGAAACCAUUCUUAAUGAGGACUUGUGCUCUCGUAUGAUCGUGUUCUUUGUCUUAUUGUAUGAUGGUUUAUAUUCUGUUCUUUGUUGUGCUUGUUUGGUUCGGCUUUGUGCAUCUGUUGUUGAGUUUUAUGUAUUUAAAGGCUCAUCGUCUUUGAACGCUGUGGUGAGUGCUAACGGUUUACUUUUCCAUACUUUUACAGAUCUAUGAAUACAGAUCUUUGAAUUUCACAGAUCUGUAUUCAUAGAUCUGUAAUACCGACAUGAAUCAAUAAAUGAGCAAAGUGAAGUGUCACCUCCACUUACCUGUGAUGUUGUGUUGUUGUUGUGUUGUUGUUGUUGUUGUGUUGUUGUUGUGUUGUUGUUGUUGUUGUUGUUGUGUUGUUGUUGUUGUGUUUGUUGUUUUUGUUGAAUUGGUGAUGAUGAAUAGAAAGUAGUAGUGAAAACUGCAGUUGGAGGAUGUUAGAACUUUCUACAGUCCAUCCCUGCAUCAGCUGCUCAUGACAGACACAGACUCAUCUCCCUUCAUCUUUAUAGACGACUCUCUGAUUUACCUGACAAGAAAAGAUGACAGCUCCAUUAAACCUCUGCUGGAAGGUCUUAGGGCUGCUGUACAUCCUACAAUUGUAUAAAAGUCGUGGUGGAUUGUAAGCUCAC